AUGCCCAACACGAGCCUCCGACGUCCGCAAAAGGGCUUCCGCCGGGGCGGGAAAUCGGCAUACCAUGGAGCGCGAACCGCUCGCACCUUCACCGCCUCGUCCAGGGUCGAGGCCACCUCGGCCGAUGAAAAGUGGGAGCGCACCCGCCUGGCCCAGUCGAUCGACGACAGCAUGGGCUUUUCGCGCCACGAGGGCGGCAAGAAGAAGGAGGGCUGGUUGGUCAACGUUCAGCCAACGUCCAUCGAGGACGACAGGAUACCCGGAGGUCGCGCCGCCCUCGACUGCUACUUCAUCGAGCACGACGGCUUGACUUUCAAGGCGACCGUCGAGUUCGACCCCUACUUCCUCAUCGCCGUCAAGAAGGGGCACGAGUCCGAGGUGGAAGAAUGGGUCAAGCGAGUGGCGGGUGGCGGCGUCGUCAAGACCAUCCGGAGGGUCGAGAAGGAUGACCUCAACGUGCCGAACCACCUGCUCGGCCACCGGCGGACCUUUCUCGAACUCAAGUUUGCCAAUGUCGGCGACCUCAUGGCCGCGAGGAAAGACAUCAUGCCGGUGGCGGAGAAGAACAGGAAGAAUAUGAAUGCCAUGGACGCCUACGCCGAGGCCGCCACAGCCAAUGCCGACUUGGACCUUUUUGAUGACGAUUUACGAGAUAACGACCGAGCGACGAACAACUCAUUUGCGGAAGCGAGCGACUACAUCGUCGACAUUCGCGAGUACGACGUACCGUACCACGUGCGAGUAAUGAUAGAUUUAGAUAUACGAGUCGGCAAGUGGUAUUUUGUCGAAGUCAAGCACGGUGUCACAAGAAUCUGGCCAAACGAAUCGGUAUCGCUGCCUGCCGACCCCGUCGUCAUGGCCUACGACAUCGAAACCACGAAACUGCCACUCAAGUUUCCCGAUGCCGCCAUUGACCAGGUCAUGAUGAUAUCGUACAUGAUCGAUGGUCAAGGCUUCCUCAUCACCAACCGCGAAAUCAUUUCCGAGGACAUUGGCGAUUUCGACUAUACGCCCAAACCCGAAUACCCGGGCUCCUUCAUGAUCUUCAACGAGCCCAACGAAAAGGCCGUCAUCGAACGUUUCUUCCUUCACAUCAAGGAGGCCCGCCCAACCGUCAUCGCCACCUACAACGGUGAUUUUUUCGAUUGGCCCUUUGUCGAAGCCAGAGCGAGCGUCAACGGCAUCGACAUGUACCGCGAGAUAGGGUGGAGAAAGGACAACGAUGACCAGUACAAGUGCAGCUACAGCGUCCACAUGGAUUGCUUCCACUGGGUCAACCGAGACUCGUAUCUGCCGCAGGGAUCUCGUGGCCUAAAGGCCGUCACCGUCGCCAAGCUUGGCUACGACCCCGACGAACUAGAUCCCGAGCUGAUGACGCCGUACGCCAUCGAACGACCGCAAACACUGGCGGAGUAUUCCGUGUCCGACGCCGUCGCAACCUACUACCUCUACAUGAAAUACGUCCACCCUUUCAUCUUCUCUCUCUGUACCAUCCUGCCGCUCGGAGGCGAUGAUACCUUGCGCAAAGGCACCGGCACCCUCUGCGAGAUGCUGCUCAUGGUCCAGGCUUUCGAGAAGGAGAUCGUCUUGCCGAACAAGCACCAGUCGCCCAAGGAAGCCUUUUGGGAUGGACACCUGCUCGACUCGGAGACAUAUGUCGGCGGUCACGUCGAGAGCAUAGAAGCCGGCGUAUUUCGCGCCGACAUCCCCGUCGACUUUUCCGUCGACCCGGCCGCCAUCGACGAGCUGCUGAAGGACCUGGACUCUGCCCUGAAAUUCGUCAUCACGGUGGAGGAGAAGAAGUCGCUCGACGACGUCGAGAACUACGAAGAGGUAAAGCAGCAGAUCGUCGAAAAGCUCACGAGCUUGCGGGAAACGCCCAAGUGCCUCGAGCGGCCGCUGAUAUACCACUUGGACGUCGCUUCCAUGUACCCCAAUAUCAUGACAACCAACCGACUCCAACCGGAUUCCAUGAUUUCGGAAUCCGACUGCGCCGCCUGCGACUUUAAUCGCCCAGGGAAAACCUGCGAUAGGCGGAUGCCGUGGGCGUGGCGAGGAGAGUAUCUGCCGGCCAAACGAGAUGAGUACAACAUGAUCCGGCAUGCUCUCGAAAACGAAAAAUUUCCCGGCAAGACACCUCAUGCGCCGAUGCGAACGUUUCAGGAGUUGAGCGUCGAUGAGCAGGCUGCCCUGACACGGAAGAGACUGCAAUUAUACUCGCAAAAGGUGUAUCACAAGAUCCACGACUCCACCACCAUCGUCCGAGAGGCCAUCAUCUGCCAGCGGGAGAACCCCUUCUACAUCAACACUGUCCGCGACUUCCGCGAUCGUCGCUACGAUUACAAGGGCAAAGCAAAAGUCUGGAAGGGCAAGACGGAUGCGCUGAAAUCCUCUGGUGCCUCGGCCACCGACGUCGAGGCGGCCAAGAAGAUGAUCAUCGUCUACGAUUCCUUGCAGCUCGCUCACAAGGUCAUUCUGAACUCCUUCUACGGCUACGUCAUGAGAAAGGGCUCGCGCUGGUACUCUAUGGAAAUGGCGGGCGUCACCUGCUUGACCGGUGCCACCAUCAUCCAGAUGGCCCGACAGCUGGUCGAGCGUUUGGGCCGCCCGCUCGAGCUCGAUACGGACGGCAUCUGGUGCAUGUUGCCGGCAACUUUUCCCGAAGACUUCUCCUUCAAGCUCAAGAAUGGCAAGAAGUUUAGCAUCUCCUAUCCCUGCGUCAUGUUGAACCACCUCGUUCACGACCGUUUCACGAACCAUCAAUACCAGACUCUCGUCGACAAGAAGGCGUUCAAGUACGAGACCCACAGCGACAACUCCAUCUUCUUCGAGGUCGACGGCCCCUACAAGGCCAUGGUCCUUCCGACGUCCAAGGAGGAAGAUAAGAAUUUGAAGAAGCGGUACGCCGUCUUCAACGACGAUGGCAGCCUCGCCGAGCUGAAGGGGUUCGAGGUCAAGCGCCGUGGCGAGCUGAAGCUCAUCAAGAUUUUCCAGCAGCAGAUUUUCAAGUUCUUCCUCGAGGGAAGUGACCUCACCGAGUGCUACAAUGCGGUUGCCAAGGUGGCGAACCGAUGGCUCGACGUCCUGCACGGAAAGGGAUCCACGCUCGCGGACGAGGAGCUCAUGGAGCUCAUUUCCGAGAACCGAAGCAUGUCCAAGACGUUGGAGGAGUACGGUAGCCAAAAGUCGACGAGCAUCACGACGGCCAAGCGCUUGGCCGAUUUUCUGGGCGAGCAGAUGGUCAAGGACAAGGGACUGAACUGCAAGUUCAUCAUCUGCGCGAAGCCACGCAACGCGCCCGUCACGGAGCGAGCCAUCCCUGUCGCCAUCUUCUCGGCCGAGGAAUCCGUCAAGCGCACAUACCUGAAGAAGUGGUUCAAGGAAGAACCUGCCGACACCGAUCCCCGCGCACUCCUCGACUGGGACUACUACCUGGAUCGGUUGGGGUCGGUGAUCCAGAAACUCAUCACCAUCCCCGCAGCGUUGCAGAAGGUCAGGAACCCGGUACCACGCGUGCCUCAUCCUGACUGGCUGCAAAGACGAAUCAACAUCAAGGAGGACAAGAUGAAGCAGAAGAAGGUCACGGACAUGUUCAGCAAGGCACCACUGGGAGACAUCACGAACCUUGGCGGGGCUCGGAGCAUGGACGACAUGGAAGAUUUUGGCUCGAGGCUUCUGAAACCAAAAACCGUCAGCGCGGCGAUCGCAUCGACGCAGCAGUCAAUGGCGCAGAAGCGCAAGUCCCCGGAGCCGGAUGAGGAUACGGACCCGAUGGCGGCCUUGCCAGCGGAGGUGCCCAACGCGUCCAAGGACUACGUCGCCUUUCUGCAGUACCAGAAGACGAAGUGGAAGUUGCAGAAGCAGGCGCGCCUGCGCAGGAGGCAGUUGUUCGGCGAGCGAAAGGGCGUCACGGGCGGGAACAGCAACAUCGAGCAGACCUUCCGAAAGCAGGCUCACCUCACCUUCAUGAACACCUGGCAGCUACUCCAUCUGAAGUCGACGGACAGCCCGGGGGUUGUGACGGCGCAUAUUCUGAUCGACAGCAAGAUCCACGCCAUCAAGAUCAAGGUUCCGCGGCAAGUCUUUCUCAACCUCAAGAGCGACGAGCUCCCCGACGUCGACAUUGACGGCUGCGAGGUGGAGCAGGUCAACUACACGCUUCCCAACGGGCAUCCGUCCAGCCAUCUCUUCAAGCUCACGGUGCCGGAGGACGUUUACUUCCAUGAAGCAGACAAGUUCUCCCUCCUGUUUAACCAUGCCAGUGUCGAGGGCGUAUACGAAAAGCAGGUGCCGCUCAACGUCCGCGCCGUUCUGCAGCUCGGCAACCUCUGCACCAUCGACGAGCAGCAGCAAGGCGUUCUCGGCAAGGGGCUGGAAGCCGGUUUUGAUCUGAGCGGGCUCAAGCGGCCGACGAAGACGCGGACGUACCUCGAGUCGUCUCCUCUGGCCUACAUUUACAUAUCGCACAUCACGGCCGGAGAGCGGCAGAUCUUUGGCAUCUUCUCGACGACGAGCGACCGAGCCCACGUCGUCAUCCUACAGCGGAGCAGAGACUCCGGCCAGGACCUGCCCAACAUCACGAGGCUGUACGCCGAGAUGCUGUCGAAGCGGGUGGAGGAGGCGGCGGGCACGAACUGGCAGGACUGCUUCCGGUACCAAGAAAAGGUCAGCUUUAAGAUCACGCAAGUGACGACGCGACGCAAGGCGCAUCUCGAGAUUGGCGACGUCGUCCGGAGGAUGCGCAAGGAUGAGACGAGGCCGCAGAUGAUGGUGAUUCAGUCGUCGCAACGGAACCUCCUGGUCUACGACGUGCCCAUCCUCGGCGAGUUUCCCAUCCUGCCGCUCAAGUACGACGCCGCCGACAGCUCGCUGCCCCCUCUAGGCUGGCAGUCCGUCGUGGCCCGUCGGCUUGUCGGACACUACCUCGGGCUGGGCUCGUGGGUACUGCAUCUCACGGCGCUGGCUCGGUACGGCGACGUCCCUCUGUGCAACCUCGAGCGGGACGACCCUCGGUUCCUCAUCGACAUCGCCUACGCCCGACGGCUGCAAGCCAACGACGUCGUGCUGUGGUGGUCGGCCGGCCCGCGUCCUGACCAUGCGGGAUAUGAGAGGGAUGACGUGCUGGGGCCGCUCGAUACGGUCAAGAUGCCGAGCGUCAACAACCCGGGCACCUUCUCAUCCGUCUGCAUCGACCUUGAGGUGCGGAACCUGAGCAUCAACACGAUCCUGACGUCGUCGCUCAUCAACGAGCUCGAAGGCGCCGAUUCGGUGUCGUUCAAUCCCACUGCCGACGGCUCCGACACGCUCGCGUCGGAGAACGCCUUUGCCAACGCCGGCGUCCUUGUCCUGCGCGAGAUGGUCAAGGCUUGGUGGGCCGAGGCGUGCAAGGGCAGCACCAUGGCCGACAUACUGGUGCAGCACCUCGUCCGGUGGGUGGAGAACCCGGACUCGUUCAUGUACGACCGCGCGCUGCACUACUACGUCCAGAUGAUGUCCCGCAAAGCCUUCCAGCAGCUCAUGGGAGACUUUCGACGGGUCGGCUCCCAGGUCGUCUUCGCCAACGCCAACCGGCUCAUCCUGCAAACGACCAAGGCCGAGGUGGGCAACGCGUUCGCCUACAGCCAGUACGUCAUCAAGUCGAUCAAGAGCAAGCCGCUCUUUCACUUCAUUGACCUCGAGAUCAAGGAGUACUGGGACUACCUCGUCUGGUACGACGAGUUCAACUACGGCGGCAAGGCGUGCCAGGAGGUGGUGGAAGCCGAGCAGCAGAAUCUCGAGACGGUCAUGAACUGGCAGAUGGCCACUUUUUUGCCCGCCCGGUUACAGCCUCCCUUUCAGGAAUGGGUCAUCGAGUUCAUCCGGCUCAUGCACACCCUCAAGCGGCCGGACGCAGGCAACGACGUGGACGGGACCCAGAGGCUCACGCAACUGCCGAGCCGCGACGAGGAGGGCAAAGGGGGGGAAGUAAUUCUCGGAAAGGCGUUCGAGAAGCCGCUGAGGAAAGCGAUAGCGGCACUCAUCAGCCAGCAGAAGCGCGAGCUCCUCCAUGCCGAGCUCGCCGGAGACUACACCUUCCCGGUCCUGCCGGGUUCUCACCUGAAGCACCGGGGCGGCGCCGUGCUCGAGCUCGUCAAGUGCCUCAUGCAGGUGCUGUCCCUCGACAAGAACAUCAACCUCGAAGCGCGGCUGGUGCGGAAAGAGCUGCUCGCGCUCUUCGACGUCCGCGAGUUCUCCAAGGACGGUACCUUCACGAACCCGUCGGAGAGCCUGCGGCUGGCGCAGGUGUCGUGCGACAGCUGCACCAUGGCACGCGACCUCGACUUCUGCCGCGACGAGGAACUGCUACGGGCGGGCGGCAAGGGCGACGAGGAUGGUCAGCGGCAACCGUGGCAGUGCAGCUUCUGCCACGCCGAGUUCGACCGGAUCGCGAUGGAGGAGCGGCUGGUGAGCACGGUGCAGUCGUGGGUGGUCGAGUGGACGACGCAGGACGUCGCAUGCGCCAAGUGCGGCGCGCUGCGCGUCAACGAUUUGAUGGAGCACUGCACCUGCAGCGGGGAGUGGAGGGAGCUCGUAUCGCGGGACGAGGUGACGAGGAAGCUAGCGGUAAUGAGACGGGUGGCCAGCUUCUACCAGCUUCGCAUGCUCGGGGAUGUCGUGGAGGGAAUGUACGCAGAGAUCUGA